AGUUUUCCCACUGCUGGUUGACCGCAUGGUUUUCUCGUGAAUCCGCGUUGUGAAAAGUUGUUGCUAAAUUUUCCUUCCUAAUUCGCUGUUAACUUGUUCAAAAGUUAUCGAAAUAACGCUGCACAGAGGCAUGACCACUACGGCCAUGAAGCGAAAAUCGAUUCCGGGCGGAGAAAGCCCUUCCGGUGCGAAAAAAGUAAAAACCGAAACGGUUCUGAAUGGCGUGGAAGAGCCCCAGGAGAAGAAGAGUAAAAAACCUAAAACGAAGAAGGCGUUGCUGAAGCAGAACGGAACGGGUGAAACACCGAAGAAGUUAAAAAAUAAAGGCGGUGUUGAGAAUAAGGUGGAUGAUGAAGCAACCGAAAAAUAUGCUGGUGGGGCGCCCGUUGGCAAAGUGGCUGAGAACUUCAGACAGAAGUUGAGCAAAGGAUCCGUAGCUGCUGAUGCUAUUCGUCACUUCACACAUGCCAUUCAGAAAAACCCAUCCUACGCUGUCGAGUUCAUCAGAGCGGGUGGUACCUUCAAGCCGUUGCUUAAACUGUUGGAGUCAAUAGACAAUAGUAAGCUGUACGACAUUGCUUCGUUGCUUGAGUUGAUCCAUUAUAUCCUAAUCGAGAGCGUAAAUUACGAUGAAGUUCAUGCCGAUUACGCAAACAAAUGUGCCAGAAAGAUUUUCACCGAAUACAAGCAGGUUCUGAUGUCUUUGCUCAUGGGCCAACAAGACGAAAAACUGCUAAUAGCGGGUUUUCGUAUUCUGAAAGCAAUCCUUUUGGUGGAUCAAACUCAUGGAAGAGAUAUUCUGCAACUGAUAGAUAUUUGUAUACUGGAGAUGGAAGUGGCCAAGUAUCGAGAGAAGACAGAACAAGACGACGACCAGGAAUCAUUACGGGGAGUUUUUAUUGAUUUCAAUUUGUCUUUUUUGAUUGAUACGAGUUCGGAAGUUGUGCGGGCGUGGUUGAGCCGUUUUCUGUUGGUUCAUUCUUUGCUGGCCAAUUUGGUUUACGAUCGGGCCGAGAAUGUAAUUUUGGUAAUGAAAACAUUCCAGCAGUAUAUUAUGGAAUCACACGAAAUCGAUAAAUACAUCUACAGGACGACCUUUAACAUAGACAUCCUGAAAGCAUUGGUCAAUGUCUACCAGUGGAUUGGACCAACGAAUCAGGCAGUUGAUAUGCAAACUCAUAACACAGUGAUGAAUGCCGCGGAGAAAGUAGUUUUUCCACUGCUCACUUCUAAAAAGUAUCACCUUGUUCCGAAGGUAGUUGACCUUGGGCGAGCAAACUCUCGCCACAAGCAUAUUCUACUGGCACUGAAAAAUUCUCAACUGAAUAAACAUCAGAGGAAACUGGCCCUGAAAAUAUUUGAGGUAUGUCCAGAAGUACUUCCGGCUGUUAUGGAAAACUUUGGAACGCUGUUAAAGUGGAAAAAAACGGAGUCCCGGCAAUUUCUUCUAGAGAUCCUUCAACAACUAAAACCGGAAGAGGUUACCAAACAGUUUACUACCGCCAAUGCAAAACAAGUGUCUAAUUUUGUGACUAAAUCUACCUUGCCAAGAACAGUGCUGGAGUACGUAACUAGCUCCAUAGAUAAGCACUUUUUUAUCAGAUCCCACCUUGAAUUACUUUCGGUAAUGUUGUGCCAGUGCGAAAAAUACCUCCAAGAAAUCCCCAAGUUGAAAAAUCUUGAUCAGUUCGACAUCAAAAAAGUUAAAUUCGAUGUAAUCAACCAAAUUUUAGGAUUGUUCCCCACAAUCGAUGCCAUCAUGUCGGCAAUAAUGAAGCACUGCUGCGAUAAGACCGUCGAUAAGCCCUACAUAGCCAUGGAAUACGCCAUGGAUAUAAUACUGGCCUGCAUUCGAACUUUUCCUUCAUAUAUUGAAUCGUCUUCCUUUAUUACAACGUAUCGGAACAUCCUCAAUCCUGUCUACCGUUUUCGUGUCGCAUCACAUGAAUAUCUGCCCUACGAAUUCAAAGCCAUUAAGGUCGUCGUUGCCCUCGAACCGCAAUCGAUUGCCUUCAAUUCGAAUCUGUUUCCGUCGGUACUGAAAUUGUUAACCAAAGUGUACCUUAACGGAAGCCCCGAAAUGCAACUAGAGGCGACUACGCAACUGCUGGCCCUGUUCCGAAACACCACCCUGUUUGGAAACAAUCCCACCGAAAUCGAAAUCUGGUUCCAGUCGUUACACUGCGUUGAACCCACACUGGUACCGGAACUGGUUUCGUUCCUGGCGUUCUCGUGUCAUAAGGCUGCCGAACGACAGGCCAAAGUGGUGGAAAAAGAUCAUUCGUUGAUCAACGAAGCUUUCGAAAAGGUUCGCCGGUCCGAUUUGGACGAAAUGUUCGACCGAGUCGAAGUGGAAGCAGCCGGACAACUGGAGGAAACAAUUGAACUGCCCGUGGCGGAUAACUUUCUAAUUUAUAUGUUUCAUCCGAGCACGAAUAGGCCGCCACAGGUGCAUUCGUACCUGGAAGCCGUUGCGUUGAGGUACUUCCACUUGCUGCCCCAUCCGGAGAUUGUGGAGAAUUGCGCAAAAAAUAUGGAAGGUCAAAUAAAGAAGUAUUUUAAGAAGUGGAUUGUGAACGGCAAACUGAAACCAUUAGACGCCUUUGGGGAAACGAGUUCAUUGGGAAGGUUAAGCAAACUGGUGCUACAGAUGGAGAAGAACGUGGAAGAAGUUCUACCACAAGAUCCUCAUCACCGUUGCGAGUUGGUCUAUUUGAUCCAUGAACUUAUCUUCUACGCGACACGUCUGAUCGAGCUGGGAAAAUUCGACUCAAGCUACGCAACUGUCUGUUCAUACUACCUCGACAGUUUUCUCGAUAAACUGCUAGAAAUGGAAGCAGAUCUUGCUCCCGCAGACCAGAAGCUUGGUGGAGUUCUUGAAAACAUUUUCUGCCAUCGUCCCAUUCUUUACCAGCACUUUACGAUAACCAAUCAGAAAAACGACACAUUUAACGUCGUCACGAGUUUCAUCUACGAUCUGAUGAAAAAGUUGAACUCCGCACCGAACUUUUCUCACUAUACGAUGCUCUACUCGAACAAGAUCGUCGGCGAGAUUAUUGCAUCGUCAACGAAGAAAUCCUCUUUUGAGUUGAAUGCCGCACUAGUGGGAAAGCUGUUGGAAAUUUUCGAGCUCAAUGAAAGGCACUGCGUCAGUUUGUUAAACCACUACUCAAAGCUGUCACACCGGAAGUUCAUCAAUGACAAGAAUGAGAAAACCUAUCAUUAUCAGCUGCUCACAACUAGUUUGCUAAAAUUGGCUGGUAAUCGGAACUAUUAUCUGGAACAAGAAACAACUGCACGGAUUUCGAAGAUCUACGUGGAUUUCAUCCGAGAAAAUGGCAACGAGUUGAAUUUAGAAAGUUUAGAAGUGGCUUUGCAAAGCUAUUUGGACACUUUUUGUCACAGCAUUGGCCACCUGGAAGUGGAUCUGUUUCGGUGCUUUUUUGAAAGCAAGCGUAUCGGAAAGCCGAUGGUUAAAUUAGCGGUUUUUCUGCUAGGACGAGAUGCCAGACUGGGCGAAAUUUUCUUGGAGUUGGUUCAAGCAAAUGUUUCGAAGAAGGAGCUAAUUUAUCCCUUGACAAAUGUUGCUUUCGUGAAGGGGGUCUUCGACGGAAAUUCGGAGCAGGGAAAGAAGAUCUUGAAUGUGAUUUACAAUGAGUUCAAAAGCGGUCUUAGCAAAACCAUGGAGAAGCCGGGUAAAGCAGCUGUCAUCUACAAAGAGAACUCAGUUGCCAAUCAACAGCUCAUAAGAUUGUGUAUGCCGAAGAACGAAUGUGUGGAUUUUGCAAAGAAAAAGCUGAAGAUCGACUCGCUGGAAGUAUAUCAGCUCAAGCUAAUGAUGGAGAUCUAUCGUAAAGCGUUCGAGAGUACCAGCGAAGAUGCUGCCCAGGUGAAAAUGGUUUACGUGAACGUAUUCAAUGUUUUGUUUCAAUUCUACAACAUCAUACUGAAGAUCGGAGAUUUGCUCAAGGAAGUAGAUAAACUAAACGAACUAAUCCUGGAAACAUUUUCAUGGAUUCAAUUGGGAAAAACUUGCAAGCACUUGAAUGAUGUGGAGUACAAUGAAAUUACUGUCACUGCCAAUUGGACAAACUUCUGCAAGUUCGCUCUGAAGGUGGGCAUUGACAUCCAGAAAUCGCCCGAUAAUCCUAACCGUCACGACGAGCGACUGCAUGUCCUGCUAAAGAUCGCUGCCUUGUUGGUCGAUCUCUUGUACAAAGAUAACGGAAAGUCCACGGAUAUAGCAACUUUCUACGAGUUGGCGUUGUCGCAUUCUCGUUUUUUGGACGUUUUACUGAUUCCGUUCCAAUUCAAGAUCAAGACAUCUCUGGCCCAUCUCCUGUUGACGCUUGCUCGUAAGAAUCCCACGGUUAUGGAUAAAAAGCACAUACCCUUGCUGCUGGGUGCUUAUGGCGGAACACUGACCGAAGGUAAUCGCUACGUUCUGGCACUGAUACAAUGGUACGAAAGAUCCGGCGUGCACAUGCACGAGUACCGUCCCUAUUUGUGGGGAGAUGCAGCCAUCAAGCACUUUUCAGUGGGACAAAAUGCUAACGACCAACAGACGCUUUUGCGAAUCAACAAUUCCGAGGUGUUUCAUCUCCUGAACAAGGAAAAGUUGCUCAACACGUUACACAGCUUCCCGGUGUGGAGAAAAAUCGAUGCCGUCGAACAGCUUCCGGAGGUGAAUUUUGACGACCUGCGGAAAGAUCGCAACCAAAUCGGUGCCUAUCAACCGACCACCGAAAUCGAACGUUUUGUUGAAAAUGGACAUCACAAGAACAAUAAACCAGCUCCUGGGUUACUAUACAACUGCGCUGGCAAACGGGAGGUUCUCGCCGCUAUUUACGAUCCAGCAUUUCUGCUCCCAAUGUUGGGAUACUUAUUUGCGCCGGAAAAUAAUGACAUGCUUGACAUCGCUGGGAAAGCAGGAACCCUCGCGUUGCCAUUCGUGUGUCUUGCAAGUCAGGACGAAGGGAUGCGGUUAGCUGCUGCUAGCGUUAUAGUACGGAUCAAGGGACAUUUGGAGUUGUCAAGAAAAUUUAUCGAUUCCCAAUUCUGGUUACAUCUAUUCACCGCUGUGCAAAACGGUCUAGCAACUUUGAAUCGUCCUAAACCUACCACCAAGGAUAAACCAACAAAACCGGCCAAAAAGGAUCUGUUGAAACCAGCUUUCCUGCCGACCCUGUUCGUUGGAGAAACGGUCAACAUUCUUUCCGAUGUACUGAACGAACUUCACUCCACUCUAACGCACUAUUUCCUUCUGAAAAACACAUUCGAUUUCAAGGCGGUUCCCAACUUCCUGGUGAUGUUCCACAGCUCAGAAGUGAAACACAACGACCACCGGGUUUUUAUUCUGGAAACCAUCUACAACGGAAUCAAGUCCCAUGAUGAUUUCAUGGUUCUCCGACUGUCACCCGUCAUCCGUGCACUAAUGGAUUUUUACGGAUCGUCACUUUCCAACCGCGAUAUAAACAUACUGAUCCUCAACAUCCUGAACAGUAUAGCGAAAAUUCCCAAGUCCUGCGAGGUAAUGGUCAAUUCCAUUGGAUUCCUCACGUGGCUUAGCGAACGGAUUGAAGGCAUCGAAAGCUUCCACUUCGAUACCAUCGAAGCAUUCCUCGGAAUUAUUAGCAAUCUAUGGUAUUCUGCUCAGAUUCAACGGCAAAACUACAACAUGAAUCAGCUAAGUCGAUCAGUGUUGAUUAUGGUACUCAAAUUCCUACCACUGCUUUCGACCAGAAGUUCCAGUAAAACGCUGACGAGAUUUUUGAACCUAUUGGAGAAGACGACGUUGGAAAAUGAGCGAAACUUGGAACUGGUGAGUGACGAAGUUCUGGAACUGAUGCUGGCUUACUUUGAGAAGCUAUUCGAGCAGCAGUUUUGGUACGUCAAAUAUGUGAAAGCUAAUGCAACAAUUAACGACGAAGACAGUCAAUCGCUAGCGGAAAAAUUGGGAACGCAAGGAAUGGAGCAAAGUACGAUCUACGUUAUUUUGACGCUGAGAAAGUUCGUAAUUCGUCGGCAACGAGCGAUACGUUUAUAAGUGGAUAGAGUAAGUUGAUUUUGUCUUGAAUGUUUACAUUUUUAUCAUGUAUAAAGAAGUUUAUAUAGUUAGUUUUAGUACUUACCUCAUAUUUCUGGUAGUACCGAAUAAGGAAAGAACUCCAUGCAUAACAAAAGCUAAUUAUGUUA